ACCGGUAGAUUUGAGACUCCUACCAGAGCCACCUGCAAACAUCUGAAUACAAAUGUAGUGCUGAACAUCAUUCUUUCUUCAGACAAGUUCAAGUUUUACCAAAUUCGCCUGGCAUCUUCACCUCUAGAUUUAGGAUCCUUGUUGAGCAUAUUGUGAAGAGAGCUCUGCAGAUUCCGAGUUGUGAACAUCUAGAAAAUGCAUGCUGUCUUGAGAUCUUUAUUUGUGCCAGGAGUGGUUCGGAAAGGAAUUAAAAUCUACGGUUCAUCACAUUCCUUCCACAGUAUCACAGAAAAUGUUUCCCUUUCAAAGAUGCAGGUGGCAAUACUUCCAGCCCUGGAAGACAACUACAUGUACCUGAUAUCAGAUGACAAUACUAAAUCUGCAGCUGUCAUUGAUCCUGUCUCUCCUGACUUGGUGCUAGAAGAGGUCAAUAAGCGAGGUCUCUCUUUGCAAUCAAUUCUAACAACUCAUCAUCAUUGGGACCAUGAUGGCGGAAAUGAAAAAUUGACGCAAGUGCUAGACAAGCCCACUGUGUAUGGUGGUGAUCCGAGAAUCAAGUGUGUCAACAAAAUAAUCAAAGAUGGAGACGUCUUUGAAAUCGGGACAUUGAAAGUGAAAUGUAUGUUCACACCAUGUCAUACCUCUGGACACAUGUGUUAUCUUGUUUCGUCAGAUUCGAAACCAUCUGCUCUCUUUUCUGGUGACACUCUUUUUGUCGGCGGAUGUGGCAGAUUUUUUGAAGGAACAGCAGAACAAAUGUAUGCAGCCUUGUGUGAGGUUCUUGCCUCCCUGCCCGAUGACACUAAAGUAUUCUGUGGUCAUGAGUACACAAUCAGCAACUUGAAAUUCGCUCAGAAAGUAGACCCUUUAAAUCAAGAUGUCAUGAAAAAGCUUGAAUGGGCUGAGGAGAGAAGAAAAAAUCAUCAACCAACCGUCCCUUCAACAAUUGGAGAUGAAAAGAGGACAAACCCAUUCAUGCGAGUUGGUGUUUCGAGCAUCACAAAGUGCACUGACAGCAGUAAAAGGGAAGCGGCCAUCACAGUUUUGGGAGGCCUGAGAAAGGAGAAAGAUUCUUUCCAAGGAUAGAAUUAUGGUGAACAUAUUUUUUGCUGCUUAUAUUUUUUUUAAAAUCCAUGCUGUUGGAGUGCGUCUACUCAAGCGGCAAAUCACCUACAUGUAGGUCUCAAAUUGCUUGCAUCAUCGAUAAGGUACUAAAUUUUUCCCUUAAAAUUUUACAGCUGUCAGAGGUGCAUCACAAAAGCAACAAUUUGUCUACCAGUUUGGUUGUAAAGACUCUUUACCCUUGUCUAUUUUAAACCUAUUCGAAACUGACUGAUGUGUGGGAAAGUAAAAUUUCUGAUGUGAAAUUUUUUCUAUAGAUGUAUAAGUCGUGCUUUUGUGCUUUAUUAUUUUGGGACACACUAGAUUCACUUAUCUUAAUGUAUACCUAAAGUUAAAUUUUAGUAUAAUAUAAUGAAAUAUCCUGAUAAUGGGUCAAUUUAAACUUUGAAAGGCUUGGGCGCUCCGUUGAACCUAUUAUUUUUUCCCACGAACCUCGGACAUUUCAUCAUCAAGGAAAUAGCCUAAAGAUAACCUCAUAUAUCAUAAUUUGCCAUGUAAAGUGGGCCCUGUUUUGGGAUAUUGUUUUUUAAAAUGUUAAAUUCUUUCUUACCUACAUGAGUGCAUUUUAAUUUGUGCAUUUAUUAUUUGUUGUGGAUCUUUAUAUUUUUUAUUUUUUGUUACCAAAAAAGGAAUCAAUAAACAAAAAUCAAAUGAUAA